AUGGCGGAAGCCAGUGAACAAAUUCAACAACAAGUGCCACAGAUCGAGACGACAGCAACAGUAAGUGUAAAUGUACAAGUAAGUCGUGUAAAAUUGCCUAAAUUAGAGAUUAAGAAAUUUGAUGGAAAUUUGGCGAAAUGGCGUGAAUUUUGGGACAGUUAUGAGUGUGCAAUACACAAAAUGACAAACUGUCUAAAAUUGAUAAAUUCUCAUAUUUGUGUGGCUUAUUGGAGGGUCAAGCUUCCACUGCGAUUCCCGGAUUUGCCUUAACUGGGGUAAACUACAAGGAGGCUGUUGAUUUGCUCAAAAGGCAUAUGGGAAAGACUCUGCUAUUCAAUGAACCCAUAUCAAAGAACUGAUUAAUUUGAACCUGUAUUCAGUGAGAACGAAACAGGUCGGUUGAGAAAAUUAUAUGAUCAAACAGAGACUCAUCACAGAAGAUUAAAGGCGUUGGGUGUUGAUGAAACAUCGUACUCUAGCAUUGUCCUUCCCUCAUUGAUUGAAAAGUUACCAAAAACUUUACGGCAUUCAAACAAGUAAAUAUGGUAUGAACACUUCUAUUGCCAACAUACUUUAAAAAUUAGUCUAUAUGGCAUGAUUCUUGUGCCAAGUAAUAAUAGCUUUUAAAGACUUUUGAACUGUACCGCUCUUUCGUAAGCUUUGGCCAUAGAAACAUUUUCUUGUUAAUCCAUAGGUAGUAUUUCCUCCUCUUCUUCUGAUAGUUUGAAUCUCUUUCUGGUUGGCUUGUAGAAUGUAUCAGCAAUCACUGUCGCAUUAGUUCCUUGUGGACCAGUUGUAUCUAGUAAUAAGAAAUAUUGUAUAUUUAAAUUGUUCAAAAAAUGUACAUGCAUAUCAGCAGUAUACCUUACUAUUUUAAUACACCUGAUGUACAUGUUUCAAAAUUAAAAACUUUUUUUUAAUCUGUCCUUUUAUAUGUUGCAGCAAUUUAAAUUUGUUUUGUCGAACUAUAGUCAAAGAGAAAAACUACUGUACAACGACUUGAGCGAAGGCAUUCAUCAGCAAAUUAGUUUGUUUCUCUGUGUGUUUUAGUAUUUUCGAUAUUACCUUGACCAUUGAUGUUGCAUUUUGGUAAUAACUAUAACUCCUUAUGGAAUAAGGAGUUAUGACAGUUACAAUACAAACAAUGGAGUUAAAAUAUGGAGUUGUAAUACUGUGUACUUGGUGGAGAAAGAAGAAUUAAAGCAGAAACACUUGGUGGGAAAAAGGUUGCUUUAUUGACUGAUGAUCUGAGUGAUGAUGAGGGACAUUAUGUGAUGGAUGUUCUAGCAGUUAUUCUCGACUUUGAUGAGCUAUUGCCUGAUGGAAAUACUUGUGCAUAUUUACUGUAUACACACUUUUUGACAAGUACAAACAAUGUUACAGUUUCUCAGACAGUCAUCAAAGUCGUAAAUGACUAUAAUAUUUCCUUUGACGAUGUUCUCAUAUUUAAUUCUGAUAAUGUGGCCUACAUGAAGAAGGCAUUUUCGUCAACACUUUCUGUGAUUUUUCCAAACUGUGUUCAUAUCACUUGCCAUAGUCACAUUGUUAUAAUCUCGUUAUUUCAGACUUCAAGAAAAUGUUUCCUGAAGUAAAGGCAUUUGUCAAGUUGUUCAGAAACCUGUUUUACGUACCAAGUGGCAGAAAAAGCAGAUUUUUAAACUUCUUGUGCAAAAUCACCACUGAAGAUGAGUCUGUGUCUAUGCCCCCAAACCCAACAACAAAAAGCUGGAGUACGCUUGGUUGGAUUCAGUUUUGUAUCAUGCAGACCGUUUCAUGCACUAUGGAGAUUCUAUCUCAUCAGAGCUCGAGCUUGCUGGACAACCUUCUAAUUCUUUGUUAUUUAAAUAAAAGGUUAGGUGAAAUAUUUAAAGAUGAGAUGCAUCUGUUAAAACUAAAGAUUCAAAUGCCUUUCAUCAAAAACAAAGCACCAAUCUUACUUUUCUAUCUGGACUACUUUCAAAUGAAAGUUCCUCUUGUUACUCAGGCAUACAAUAAAAUGAAUCAGCUACUGGCCUACUUAAAAGAAAACACAAAUGUGGAUUUUAAUGAUCUUCCAGAUUCACUCCAUGAUUUAGUCUUAGACUUUAGAGAUAGACGAACAAGAUGUUUUGGAGCGGCAGUUUGAAAGUGCUUUCAAACAAGCAGAAGCAAAGCUUCUUCUGUACAUUGUUGAUGGAGGACAACCAGCGUCUGAGUUUCUAAAGGAAGUUAGAGUUCUUGACCCAUGUAACAUUGUCUCCUCAUCAAAACGUCACAGUUCAUACAGCAAUAUCCCUGGAUUUAAAGACACUGUCACCAGUGAGGAAUGGCAGAAAUAUGUCAAUAUUCUAGGACCUGAUGCUGUGUCAGAAAGUGAAAAUGGUAAGGUAGACCUGACGUUAUUUUGGAAGUCCAAUAAUGCUGCUGAACUUCCAGAACUUUACAAGUUUGCCUCUUGCUAUUGCACUGGAACAUUGGGAUCAUAUGACGUUGAAAGAUCAUUUAGUUCAUAUAAUUCUAUUCUUGAUUCAAAGAGAAGGAAUUUAAAUGAACAAACGCUCAAGGCAAUACAUUUUCUUAACUGGAAUUUAAGAGUGAAAAAUUCCAUCACAGAUGAAAGUACAACACCUAAACCAGUGCAUGAAGUUACAAAGAAGUCUUCGUGUCACCUGAGCACAAAGUUACCAAAACCUGGCCCACAACCUAUUAUUGCUACCAAACAAGAUCAAGAAGGAAGAUGUUAG